UUGUUAUUUGUAUUAUUAGAAGCUUAAUAAUAGUAUCUUAAAGUGCAGCAUAACAUGCUUUUAUAUAUUUAAAGUUACGAUCUCUAAUUAAUGCCCCUUCAACAGGAAACCAAAAUGUAGCCGCAAUGCAACAUUAAAAUGUCAGAUUAUUUUUUUCUUUUCUAAAACGAUCUUUCCAGGCAGCGUUUACCAAAUACUCUCAAAUAAAAUAGGCUCAAAUGUGUCCAGAGGUCACUGCACGAGCAAAGCACAUAAUUAGGACAUUAAUGAGCUGUUUGCUUUGGACUGUUUGUUGUGGCGCUCUGGUGUAAAAGAAUAUACCGGAAGUUUCCAGGAGUCUGGGGGCAGGACGGAUUCAUGAAUACAAGAUGUAGAUCAUUUAUGGGAGAGUUGAGUGAGAUGAGGAUUGACUCAAUUAGACAUAUUUAAAACCUAAAAGUACUUUAUCUCAUUAAAAUACUUGAUAAAAAGAGCAAGAGACGCUCUGAUUUAGUUCUGGUCAACAACCGCCCGCUUGACAUUUAGAAACUGAACUGCGUGAACAGAGCGUGGAAAGUAAAGUUACGCAGGAUUUUGAGGGCCGAUGUUAACCGUGAGCGAGUUCAAGCCUUUUGGGGAAUGAUCGUCACUGGAAAAAAAGAGUUUAUAUGCGUCUUGAGUAGAUGCAGAAUUGGACAAUGGGGGGAGUUGGACACAGUUCCUCCAGACUAAUGGCUCUGGUCAUAUACUGCUCCCAAAAAGAGAGCGAGAGGGAGAGAGAGAGAGAGAGAGAGAGCUCUUAUAACCAAGCCAGAGCAGAGAGAAGACAGUCCCAUCUCUUCAUUCUUCGUCUGCUCGGUGUCUGCGAGUUCCUUAUUUUACUCCUCUCCGUACCUGGAAAUUAUCUCUCCAUACAGGUCAGUAUUAUUGCAACCUAUAGUUUCCCUUUCUUCAGCUGUGCAUUUCUCUUUAUGAUACAGUUUUGCUUUAGUGUCACGACUUAAAGUUUCUUCACGCAGCGACAGGCGGCCGACUGACACUCAGCCCGAGGAGAAGAUGGUUCCAGUGAAACUUCUCAUUCUGGGAGCUCAGAACACUGGAAAAACAGCUCUGUGCGUUCGUUUCAUAACCAAGCGCUUCAUCGGCGAAUACGACCAUAAGAAGGAGGUGACCUACAGGUGCAGCCGGGCGCUGGACCAGGAAGCUGUCGAUCUGGAGAUUUUGGAUAUGGCCUGUAAGGAGGGCUCUGCGGCGUCCCUGGAGUCGUCCAUCCGCUGGGCGGACGGCUUCCUGCUGCUCUACUCCAUCACGCAGCGCCUCGGCUUCCUGGACGUCCCUCGGCUCAAGAAGCUCAUCGAGCAAACCAAGCAGAGUCUGGUUGUCCCCACAGUGCUGGUAGCCAACAAGGCGGACCUGGAGAUCGGCAGGGAGGUGACAACAGAGGAAGGACAGAGACUGGCCAAGGAUCUACGGUGCGGGUUCAGGGAGCUGUCGGUGGCAGAAGCGGUUUCAGCUGUGGAAGCAGCCGUGUUUCAGCUCAUCAGGCUGGUCUGGGACCAGCAGCGUCCUCUGCCGGACCGCCGCUCCUACAUGCUGAGUGUCCGCCACGCUCUGACCAGGAAACUGACCCGAUCCAAGACCAUGCAGUGGUGACGACCACGAGAAGAACCGGCGGCACAGAGUGUGGCGAUUUGGGGUGAUUUUACCGCAUCGUUCCAGUUCGGCUCGAGGUCAUCCGGAAAGAGGGUCAAACGAGGUAAAGACUCGGGAUGAGCUUCAAUGGCUCAUCUCUUUAUGGGCCCGAGAGACAAUCUAAAGAGACCUCAAUACACAAUCAAGGACAGAUGGUGUUCCUUUUUAAGCUAUAUAUUUGUGAAGACAGACAUAACUGUGCAGUGUGGGCGAAGAAAAUGUUCCAUAUAUAUCUAUAUUCUCCCCUCUUGUUACCGUCUGCACUCAGUUACAUGCAUUAUAUACUGUCAACAUGUGUUUAGUAACUCCACGACCGCGUAAGCCAUCAUCCGUUGGAGCCGUGCACACCGAGAGCUGUUUACAUGUAGAAAAUGACUUUUUCCUCAAGAUGCAUCCGCACCAGAUCUGCUUAUUCUAUUGUUUUUAAUGCGUUUCAUUUCAUCCAGUAGAGGGCGGUACAGUCACUCCUCCACACAGGAUGUCAAAUGCACUGUUUGUCCAGUUUGAUGUGGAGGAAGUGAGAUCCUAUAUAUCGUUCCAGCAUAGUAUGAUGUCAUCGCAGCAGAUUAGUUAAGGCACUUGGGGUUGUUUUUUUAAUAUAAAAUGUGAUAAGGAAUCGAGUAUGUGUGUCACGUUGGGGUGUCCAUGUAGUCGACUUCAUGCACAAUAAUCUAACCCGAGGAUGAACCGUGUCAUCGUUGAGUAAAAUGGUGCAACUUGAGUCGAUGACGUCACCGUGCGUAAAGAAUGAGGCUAUAAUUACAGCCGUGGCCUAAUUUGACUGUGUUCCCCUCCAUGUACAGUAUGUAUCUCUCUCUCUCUCUCUUCAUCGCUCACUAUUGAACUUGUGAACUUCAUGAUCAGCGAGAGACAUCGGAGAAGAAGAAGGGAAAAAGAAACCCGGAGAAUACAACGGGGAUCAAAGCACUGGGCGUCUGGUCUGUGAGGAGCAGAGAAAGAAAAGAGGGCCUCUCUGUUUAUGCACACGGCCCCAGCUCCUGCCACUUGUGAAGGCAUUAUGGGAAAUUGACUGUGUGCUUACUCCUGCUGUCCAACCCCACAACCAUGUAUUAUACAUCAGCUACUCCACCCAACUGCCACCAACCAACCGACCGACCUCAGAACCCCACUGGGCUCUCUAGAGGAUCAAAAUGUGAAGAUAGAGUUACAUAUUUUGGAUCUCGAGUUAUUUAUACGAUGUGCUAUUUUUAACUUUCGAGGGAGUCUGGAUUGUGUGAUCACAUUGCUCGGUUGUAUUUUGUAUAGAUACUUGCAGGGUCCGCCUUUCCCGCCGUAUUAUGACUAAAACGCACCUGCUGUUACCACCCGUCGCCACAGGUGUCUCUAAAGCAGCCGUGACGGAAUCAUUGUGAGUUUUUAACUGGUCGAGAGAAAGAAAAGCAAACAAAACCAUCGGCUAUUUUUAUUUUGUAAAGCCUGUCACGGGGUCAGACGUGGUUUUUUGUCCAUAUAUAAUUAUUGUCUGUGGCUAUAAAAGUUGACCGUUC